GCUGAAGGGAUCCUGGUUUUGUUGAGGCAAGACAAAGAAGUAGCCAGACUAGCUGGUAGAUAUCUCGCCAUGCUUGCUUUUGGCCUUCCAGCAUUCUCUUUUAAUACAAUCGCAAAGCGGUAUUUCCAAGCUCAAGGUCUCUUCAGCGUACCCACAAAGCUUAGGACAAUCAUAGCUGGGGUGAACUUCGUGCUUACAGGAUUAUUUGUUUACUACCCACGCCCGCUACCCAGGACUCUUGCUCCUUAUUUACACCUAGGAUUCGAUGGCGCUCCCCUUGCAACUGCAAUUUCGUACAAUCUAGUUGCGCUGGGAAGUGUAUUUUUGGGCUGGAGAAUCAAAGUUACGAGAAGACUGCGCCGUGAAGCUUGGGAAGCCCUGCAUGAACAGGCUGCUGACUUCAAUGCUUAUCACACCGCUCAACUGCCCAGUGAAGGUACUGGCUCUUCUAAUACCGCGGUAAGCUCGAGAGACGUAUCGCCUGCAAAGAGGUCGAAUCAUCGAGACUCAUAUCAGAACGAAAUGAGACCUGCUUGGCACCCAUUAUCCGCGCGUUACAUCCUACCGGUCUUGGGAUUCUUCUCAUUCUCGGACUCGGUGGCAUACAGUCGGGGACAAUCAAACCCGACAAAUCUGUAA